AUGGCAUCAGUAAUAGUUGUUGAUAAUGAUUUAAUUGGAUCUAUAAAAGAAUAUAGUUCAGUCAUUGAUAAUAUAAAUAAUUCAAAUGAAUUUUCAUCUAGUUUAAAUUUACCUCAAAGUGAUAGUGAACUAAAUAAACAAGAAUUAUUUGAAAAGAUUAAUAAUGAAUCAAAUGAUGAAAAAUUUAAAAAAUUAACAGAUAAAGAAUUUGAGCCAACUUUUUAUUUAUUAAUUCAUAUAUUAUCAGAAUUAUCAACUCGUGAUCAAGUAUUGAAUGAUUUUAAUUCAACAAUUUAUAAAAAAUUAAUUAAAGUUACCCCAUCUCAACCACAAUCAUUAAAAGAUAGAAAAUCAAUUAAAUCAACUACAAUUUUGUCAAUUUAUAGUACUAUUUUUAAUUUGUUACCAACUGAUUCAAAUACAAGAAUAUAUAUAUUGAAAGAAAUUUUAAAAGUUAUCAAAGCUUCAAAAAUUGAAUUUAAUCUAAUUGAAAAAAAUAUUGGAAAUAAUUUAAUUCCAUGGUUAAAAGAAGCAAAUUGUAAUGAAGAAGAAAUUAAAGAAUUAUUUUGGAAUUUUGUUCAAUUGGAUUCAAAUUAUUCAAAAAAAUCUUUAAAUUUAAUUAAAAAUUUCACCCAUUUAUAUAAAAUCACAUCUGAUCUAGAAUUAAAUAAUUUAAUUACAUUUGCAUUGAAUUCAAAAACAGUUGAUGUUUCAUUUUUAAUCAAUAAUAAUGUUGCUGAAUGUUUAAAAUCAAAUUCAUCAAAUGAUUUAGCAAAAAUUUUCAAUAAAUAUAUACAUGGAGAAGUUAUAAGUGAAAGUGAUUUUAAAGAAUCAAUUAAUUUACCAAAACAAUUCAUAAUAAAAAAAUCAAAAAUAUUAGCAUUGGCUAAAGAUUUUUCAAAUGAAUCAAAUGAAAGAUUAUCUUUUGAUUAUAAAGAAAUACCAAAUGUUGAAUCUUCAUUUGAAUUGGAGGAAUUAUUAGUUGAUGCUAUAAAAUCAGGAGUUAUUGAAGGUAAGUUAAAUCAAGUUGAUGAAAAAUUUUAUUUAACUAGAGUUAAUAGAUUUAUUGUAGCUGGUGAAGAUAAUGAAAAAAAUUGGAAUGAUAUUAAAUCAACAUUACAACAGUGGAAAGAAUCUUUAAAUAAUAUUAAUGAAGUGGUAAAAGCUGCUAGAGAAAAUAUUGUUAAUAAUAGUUCUGCAUGA